AUGUUUCAACCACUUGGUCUAUUUGCCGAAAUCCCUUGUCCUCAGAAGCAAGAAUGUGCUCUCUUCACAUGCAUGUUCAACCACGAUGAGCGCACCUUGGCGACAACCAGCAAGCCCUCUAACACCGCCGCCAUCCUCAGCGAUGAAAGUGGGCAUGUCUCUAAGAAACAAAGGUUAGGCGAGGCCAAUUCAGUUCAGGGGCCGCCCUCUACUUCUCUCGGAAACCAGCCAUCUGCGAAACUACCAUCGAAAGCCACCCUGCAGACAAUGGGUUCAAAAACUCCAUCCCAAGUUACUCGCGGUGACGGCAUUAAGCUGCCAUCAGCCUCUCGGGACGUUUCGCCUCCACCUCGAGCUAUGUCAGAAUAUAGGCCCGCCAGGCAUGAAGCUUCUGUUAGCAGCCCCACGGCCGCCUCUCCGGGGAACACGUCAACGAAGCUCCCUCCUCGAAAGGUGCCGAAGGAAAGGUUGAAUCCUCGUAUGCUCACCAAAGCCCCAGCUACCCAUGCCGUUCGGUCUGCCAUCCUGAACAAGCUUCACGGUGCCAUGUCAAAGCUCAAUACGAAUUUAAUCAAUUCCAAAGAUGAUUCAAACAAGUGCUUUGUUCUCAAUCAAGAUGAACUUGUGACUAUGGCCUUGGAUGAAGAGGAAAAAGUGGCACGCGAUCAUUACAGUGUUUAUUCCAAUAUUAUCAAACUCCGCAUUGUCAAAUUGACAAAAAUGAAAUUGGAAGAGUGGACCGAUGAAGUGAAGACCCAUCUAAACACCCGCUAUUACAAGAUCAAGCCCGCUCAGCCUACCCAGGCCGCCCCAACCUCAGCCUCCAUUGACACCGGCCUCUCCGUCAAGGAGGAAAUAGCCAUCGCUACUCAUCUCAUCACGCCGCUGAACGGUCUCGAAGAAUAUGGCUAUGUCACAAAGGUACCCCCAGAAGCAGCCAUAGAAACGGCCAAGCAAGGUGUAUCUGAUUCGAAAGGCUGGGAGAAAUGUGAACGAUGCGGUGGGCGAUUCCAGGUUUUCCCCGGUCGUCGCGAAGAUGGGGCACUGGCGUCUGGGGGUCAGUGUACUUAUCACCCAAGCCGGCCAUUCCAUCCUCCUCGCAAGAGGACCGACAACGUCACCGGUUCCUCGGAGACAUACUUCCCCUGCUGCAGCGAGACCGUGGGUACCUCAUCCGGAUGCACCAAGGCCAACACCCACGUUUUCAAAGUAUCAGAGACCAAACGACUGGCAUCGGUACUUCAAUUCAAGGCUACCCCCGCUCAGCCUGAGAAGGGACGAAUGGAUCCGGUUUCUUUCGACUGUGAAAUGGGAUAUACGACCCUAGGCCUAGAGCUCAUUCGCCUCACCGCUGUCAGCUGGCCAGAAGGUCGAGAGCUAGUUGAUGUCCUUGUCAAGCCCAUGGGCGAGGUGUUGGAUCUGAACUCGCGUUUCUCGGGCGUUUUCCCUGAGCAUUAUGCCUCCGCUGUACCCUACGGUACCCCGAUACCUAACGCAGCUUCAUCAGAUAGUCAACUGGGAAAGUCCAAAUCUAUGCAAGUUGUCGAGUCACCCGCCGCGGCACGAGAAAUUUUAUUGAACCUUCUUCAACCGGAUACGCCAUUGAUCGCGCACGCAAUAGACAACGAUCUCAAUGCUUGCCGGAUCAUUCACCCCACCGUCAUCGACACGGUGAUCCUCUACCCUAACCCGGCCGGUGGUCUCCCUCUCCGUGUUGGUCUGAAGGCUCUUGCCCGCAGAUAUCUUGAGCGCGACAUCCAAACUGGAGGGAACCAAGGUCAUGAUUCAAAAGAAGAUUCCAUCGCAACGGGAGAUCUUGUGCGAGUCAAAGUGCGGGAAUUAUGGAAGCGUAUCAAGGCAAAGGGAUGGAAAUUUGAGAAUAACGAACUGAUCCCACCGGCUGGCGAAGACCUCAAAAGUCUCCAAGAACACAAGAUAGCGAUGAGCGUUGGUCCGGGUGCUGGUUUUAAGAGAAAAAAGCCUCCUACCUGA